UGUAGGAGCGACAUCCGGUGGAGUUGGGCCGCGAGCAGCUGAUUUCCCAGUGAGAAGAGAGAUGACAUUAUUGGUGAGAAUGUCAUCUAGGUGUUGAGUGAGAGGGAGGUGAGGAGGAUAACGCCAUCAUGGAGGACUCAGAGGCCCCUCAUAAAGAACCACAGCCCAUUGUCGAGGAGCUCCAGGCCCGGUUAAAGGAGCUGGAGGACCGAGAACGCAAGCUGAGGGAGGAACAUGCACGUGUUGAGGAGGACUUUGGUCACCGGCGGGCCAAGCUGAAGGAACUCUACCUGCAGAAGGAAGAGGAGCUGCGACUACAGAGUGAGCAGAAUAGUGCUGUAGCAACAGAAGUAGAGGUGCUGCGUGCACAGGUAAGACAACUACAGGCAGAUCUAGAGGAGGCGCACAGUGCUGUCACCAUCGCCCAGUGCACCGCCGAGAAUGACAUCGCCGUGGAGCAACGCAAGUGUCAGGAGGAGAUCGCCACAGUCCAGCAGCUUAUGAAGGAGGAGGUGGCAAGUGCAGUUGGACAGACAGGUGGCCGCUACGAGGGGGAAAUCAAGAGGUUAAAAAAACUCACAGAACGAUUGGACGCUGAGAAACAACAUUACCGUCGACUCUAUGAAAGACAGCUUGAGGAAUCUGACAUACGAACAAAGAGUGAAAGCUUACUGAGCCCGGGAGUGUUGUCAGCCGUCACAAAGUCUUUAGCCAAGAGAGUCCCCAGUCUAAGUCCAUCUACACUAAGUACCCCAGAAAAGACCACUUCUGGCUCUGCCAUAGGAACUCCUUCCUCAUUAGGCACAGGGGUUGAUGCAGAAAACUUGGAAGACAGUAUGAAGAGAGCCCAGGAAGAUGCUGAUCUAUUACGGUCGCUGGUGGAACCGCUGGAGGAGGAAAUACAAGCUCUCAAGGAGAAGAUCAGAGCACAGGACGCCCAGUUACGAGCUCAUGAAGCCCAACAGGCAGCUGCUCUUCACACUGCUGAUGUUGUAGCGCCACUCCUGCAGGGAAUGGAUGCAGCGCAGGUGGUAAAACAGCUUGAUGAGAAGCUGAAGGGCGUAAGCAGCACCUUGGAAGCAGAGAAGUCAUCCAGAGCAGAUUUAGAACUGUACACGGCCAUUCUCAACACACAGAAGACGGCCCUGACUGACGACGUCGACAGAUUGCGCACACAGCUGACUGAGUUGAGAAUGUUGUACGAGACGGAGCGCCGCCAACACCGAGACUUGAAGCACACUUGGCAGCGGGCUAAUGACCAGUUCCUCGAGGCACAGAGGCUCCACCUUGCCGACAUGCGGAGGAUGCAGUCUUUUCUAACCCACGACCAGCAGCGGAGAUUGGAAGAGCUACAGCGGAGUGAGGAAGCAAUGGCCAGAACUCCGUCCAUCUCACUUACGGACACUAGAACAGAGGUCAGACCAGAGGUUAAAUCGUCCUCACCCCACCUGUCUUCUCUCUCUCCCUCCUCUAGAAAGCGUGGGUCGUCUCCAUCCCCUGAAAAUGAGGUUGAUGAUGACCGGUCCUCCUCUCUGUUGGACCUGGAGGAGGAGCCUGCUGCCACCCUGCCCUCUACCACCCACCUCACUCAUGGUGAACAGAGUGAUGACCUGAGCAGUGAGACAGAGACCCACAGCCUCCCUCCAGAUGGUCUUGCUCCUGACAGCCUCCUCGUUCCAGAUAGUCAUAGACCUGACAGUCAAUUGGCAGAACGUUUUAGUCCUGACAAGAUGCCCCAGUUAACACAUGACCAGCAGAAAGCUCUAGCAGACAUGACCCCAGAUUCUGACGGGGUGACCCAGAGUGAGUCUCUCUUGUCUCCGGGUGAUGAGGAAUAUAUGAUCGUGGAGUUUAAUUCAAGUGGCAGUGGAGGACCAAGUGGUAUGAGUGGGGUGGGAAGUGGAAGAAGAGUAGUCAGUGAAGCAGAGUGGAACCUCUUGCAUGAAGAGAUUCGCCGUGCCAGGUCAAAGAUGGGGCGAUCAUGUCAGCUCUGUGCUUCCUACCAGACACAGCUACAGAAGGCUCAAAGUGAACACCGGGAGACAGAGAAGCUGCGGGUGGAGCUGGAAAAAGCACUUCUGCGAUACAAGGAAGACCUGGACCGAGAGGCUUGCUAUAGAAAUGUUAUGGAGGAAAAAUGGGGAGUCAUGGCUGAGGAAUAUGAAAAGAGGGUAGCAGGUCUGGCAAGUGUGGUGGAAGGAACUUCAGGGAAGCAUAAUGAAGUUGUAGCAAGAUUCCGAGCCACGGUAACAAACCUGCACGAACAAUUGAAAAUACUGACAGAACGUAGAGAGGCAGUUCAACAGGAACUUACCAAACUACAAAAGGAAAAUGAUGACUUAGUUGGGAAGCACAGUCAACACUCACAGCAAUUACAGAAUGAAAUUAUCAACCUGCCUGACAAUAUGGAGGAGAUGCAACUGCUGUUACUGCGCUACCGUGAAGAUAUUAUAGCGGCCAAGGUCUCCAAGGAACAUCUGGAGGAAACCCUAAAAUCUGAAAUACUCUUCCUUAAAGAUCAGGUUUUGGGCGAACAACACGAAAAAAACACCAUAGAGGAUCGUCUUUCCAGUGAAAUUGACCAGCUAAGAAAAAAAGUUUGUACAGUCGAGAGCUUGGAGAGUCAGAUGAAGAUGGAGCGGAGGAGUCGUGUAGAGAGUGACUCACAGCUGAAGGACGUGGAGACGAGACACUCUGAGGCCCAGUUGAAGAAUCAGCAGAUUAUAGCCGGCCUCAAGACGCAAGUGGGAGAGCAGACGCAGGCCAGGGCGAGAUUAGAGGCAGAAGUGGUGGAGCUACGAGGGAGAGUUUCAGCGCUUCAACACGACCUGGACACAUCGGAGGUGGUACAGCGUGACUUUGUGCGGCUCUCACAGUCACUGCAGGUCCAACUGGAGAAAAUUAGACAGUCGGAGAAAGAGGUCCGGUGGCAGCACGAGGAGGACCAGGAAGAGUGCAAUAGUUGUAAGCAGAGGUUCACUGCUGUGGGACGAAGAAAGCAUCAUUGCCGUCACUGUGGAAAAAUCUUCUGCAACGAGUGUGUGAACAAGACCGUGCCAAGUGGACCUCUUCAUCGUCCUUCUCGAGUGUGUGAUGUGUGCCAUACUCUUCUGGUACAAGAUGCCACUCCAUACUUCAGUUCUGAGCCCCCACAAUCCCCAGACUGACCUGCUAAGCCCACAAUUGCUUCCCCACACUGACCCAUCACAGUAAACUGAUGUCUCAUACCACUGACUCUCCGUGCUACACUUACCUGCCAUCUUACAGGGAUCCUCACCACACUUCAUGACUAUACUGUUCAGUACAUGUCACUCAAGCACUUCCUGAGUGUUUACGUGCCAUAGUGGUGUGGUGUAAGACUUUCUCAAUACAUCAGCAAUGCUCCUCACUUUUUCGAGCUACCCUUUUUUCCCCUCCUUAUUUUUCCCUGCACUAUCCUCCCAUUGUUGUCUUAAUUACAGUCUAUAGCGUCGGUCAUUUCCCUAUUAUAACUGUGUUACUUAGGUGUUAUGAAGUUAACACCAUAAUUUUACCUCUAUGGAGAAAUUAUGAAACUACUUUGUUAGAAUGUCAUGCAAGUUUUAUAUAAUUUUCUAAAGUAACUAAGGAUUCAUGAUUGUGCAUGUGUCUUUUAUGUCAUGAUAGAGGUUAUACGGAAUUCUUGGUGGAUUGAAAUUAUGCCUGAGGUGUCUGACGCUGUUUGUUGAGACACACGAUCUGUCUUGGGAAUUUCAACCACUUAACUCUUGAUCCUUCCUGUAGUAUGAACCCUUCCAGUGUGUCCAGCCACCUCCUCCUCUUUGUCUGUAUAGCUUGUUUAUUCUAAUGUCUUUUACUAAACAUUCCCUCACAAAAAACAGAGUGAGAAACAUUUUGCAAAUAUUAGUCUUCACAAAUUAUGCAAAAAUCUCUUAUAAUAAACCUCUUUACUACAUCUGAUAUGGACUAGUGAUCAUUCCAGUGAAGAAGACUGACUUAUAGCUCUUUACUUAAGAAUGUAUAUAGACUGACUAGACCACUGUAUAAAUUAUUACCAACAGAUCAGCAAAAACAGCACUCCGUGCCCCUAUCAUGUUGAUAGAUGAAUGGUGAGCUUUAAAGGUUAUUAGAGUGUGUUUCAUGAAGGGUUGGUCGCCCUGCGUGCAGGUGCGGUCAAUGUGUACAAAGUGUAUAUUUUCCCAAUGUCAGGUGUUGGGGUUGCAAAGUUUUUAAUUUGUUUUAUUGUGAUGUUUUCUCCUCGAUAUUUAUGACAUGCUAAUGAUCCUUCCCAUUAUAUCAUAUAUUUUAUGCUGAAUAUUUACAUUUAUAAUGUGGAAAGUUUUAUAUGGCUGUUGAGAUGCUUUAGCUUAAUGACAACAUUGCUUAUCAUUGGUGCAUCAUGUGCCGUGUAGGGCUUCAGGAAGAAUAGGAACAAAGAUUUUGACGCAUGAUGUUACCAGUGAUUAAAAGAACUGUGUUACUUAUAUGAAAGAUUGUAAAUGUUUUUCACUGUGUUAGGCUAAUAGUGAAAGAUCUCAUGUUUAAAAAUUUGCCUUCAUCUGUUCUGAUUUAUUUAUAUUUAUAUGUUGGUUCCCACAUUUGAUGUAGUUGUUGGUGCUGUGGCUGACAUCAUGGUCACCAAGUGAAACUGAGACUCACAAUUUAUUUGAAGUAUUUGUAGAUGUUAAAGUUAGUCACCUAUUUCCAAGGAAGUCAAAUGAUGUCUCACAAAUAUAAGAUAUUAAAAAGUUGUGCACAUUUAGGCACUUUUUGAUGUUCUCUCUCUUCUUGCUUUCUUUAACACCUUUUAUUUCUCAUUUUGAAUGUUAAAUCCAGGUUGUUGAUGAUGAGGACUUUGACAGAGUGAUCAUUAUUGUCAAUGAUGAUGGAGAACAAGGUGUUGAGAUCUUAAUAGAAUCUCCUCAAUUUUUUGAGUUUGAAACAAAUACAGCAGUAAAAUCUUAAUAUGAAUAAUGGUGAGAAUAUAAUGAGUCAACAUAUACAGUACAUGUAAAUAAGGUGUGUGUGUGUGUGUGUGUGUGAGGGAGUGUGUAUAGAUGCCUGGCAGAAUGAAGUUUGCAGUGUCAGGCACCACAGAUCAGCUUUAAUCGCAAUGUAUUGAACUAGACGUGUAAUACAACGAUGUGAACACCAAAACCUCAGGUUGACAUGUCAAGAGAGUUAAUAAGUCAUUUCAGGGUUUCAAAGAAAGCACAAUAAUGCUUUCAGAAGCUGCGUAAAGAAGACAUUUCUACUGUGCCUACGAGCCUAAAUAUCAGUGUCAUGCCAACAAACUUAAAAUAAAAGAUUUUAAGUUUUUUUGAGGAAUACAUUUAUCCGAGGAAUUAUUGAAAUUUUGUUUGUGUUAAGUUGGCCUGACAUUUUUUGAAGGUCCUUACAUGGUGGACUACAAGCGUCUUCUUUAUAGACAUUUAAAGUGUGUGUGUGUGAGUCAAAAAAUUAGUGUCAUGCCAACCUUGAACCCCUGAUAUAACUCCUUCAGGCCACAUUCAUGAUGCAGUAUAUGUAAAUUUGCAUAACAUUAGAGUAUCAUAUAAAAGGCGACAGGGAAAAGAUCUCUGGCAGGAACAUUGUCAUUUUCCUUGUAUCAAACCCUGAAUCAUCAAAUAGGCUGGACUCAAAACUUUCCAUGUCUUUAUUUUCUGCUAAUUGGUGUAACAGAAAUGACUUAACGGUAUUUGUAAUAAAGUUUUGAAGCAUUGGAUUUCAGUAUUAUCAUUUAUAAAUAGUAUUUAUAUCGGUAAUGAUGUAAAUUCCUAUACUGUUCAUAACUGAUUUUGAAAAUGUAUGUAUGUAUGUGAUAUAAAGAUUAGCUUGUUCAUUAAUAAUAAACUCUGUAAAGAAUCUUCAAACAUAUAUUGUGUUUUGAUCUUGGUGACAUGGUUUCCAAACACUUUGUCUUUAUUUGUAUAGGAUUAUUGUGAUUUUCAUUUUAAUAUCAAGAUGAAAAGUGGUGUAGCACCUGAGUGGAUAUGGGUCGUUGUCUCCUAUCUGAAGGGUCACUCACUUUAGGUACCCCUAGUCCACCCCCACCUGUGAAUGGGUACCUAACUUUACAAUUGGGGAAGUGAAGAUGGUUGAUUGCAUUGUUAGCCUCCCUGUCUCCUUGGGUAUUGAAGGCUGUAUCCACAGUCCCUGUAAUGGGUUAUCAGGUUCAUGGGAUCCACGUUUACUUGCCUUGUGUGAGGUUCCUGUUGUUCAUUGCCUGUGUAGUAAGGUUAUCAAUAUUUUUGGAACAAUUUGUAGAUCUUUUAAAUCUUUUUUCAACAGUUUAACAAUUUUAAAUAAAUAUUGUAAUUUUGAAGGGUAUUUUCAGUGCAGUACAAUGUCAGAGCACCAGAUUAAUUAUUGUUUUUGACUGAUUUAACAGAAAUUCUGGUACAGUAUCACAUAACCUCAUAAUAGUUGAACUGCUAGAGGGAGACACCUGUAUGUAACUGAAAAAUUUACCUUACUGGCAAUCAUCUGAGCUGCUUUACCACUGGCCACCAUGUAUUGUUUAAAGGUCUACAACAACGAGCUAAUCAGCGACUUGCUUAGCUUUAACAAACAUGUACAGUAUGCUUAUCUUUGUUCAUCAUUGCUGCCAUCCUAACACUUGCCAUUCAUCCAGCAUUGGCCACCAUACCAAUUGUUUACUCUAGCACUGUAAACAAUAAAGCAGUUCAUCUCUGGUAACACUGGAUAUGUGGAGUUAAUAAUGGUAACCCAUCUGCCUUCCUAUAGCCUGGACGCACAGUUAUAUGGUCGACCACAGCGUAACUAUAACCUGUGAACAUAUAUGUAAUAUCUCCUCCACUACAGUACUUCAGACAAGUAUUAUAGUUUAGUAAUAUAUUUCCAUUCAAUACAAACAUAUUAGACACAUACUGUAAUUAACUAUACCAAUAUCCCCUCCAGCACAUUUCUAUUAACCGUAAAUCCUACUACUGUCUUGGAAAUAUUAACAUACAAUAUAUUUAUUUAAUACAAAUCCACCAGAACAACUUGAAAGAUAUUUAAUAAAGAAUCUAUAUAAUAUUUAGUGAUUUAGGUGUUUUCUGUCUUGAGUAUGUAUAAGCACAGCCUUACACAGGAACUUACUAUAAGUCUCCCCCCUCAUCUCACCUGUUAUACCCAUACUAUUAUUUUCUUAGACUAUAAUUACUAUAAAACUAUUAACCAGUAAUAUGUUCUGAUGUACAGGUGUCUAGUAAUUUGUUGUUCUGUUGAGUUAUGUUUGUUUAUUAAUGUGCAAUAUUCGUGCAGAUGUAAAAUGCAGAAGAUUAAAUACUGAAAAUCGAAGAGAUUGAGUAGAAACAGUUAAGCCAAGGUUGGGGGGAGUACUCAAUACAUUUUAUUUAUGUAUACAAGUGAUACUAUGAGUGCCAAGUACACAAUAUCAUUCAGUGUCUCCGCCAUAGUAGGAUGACGCUGAUCUUCACUAUAUUGUAAUCUUGCUUGGAAAUAAAUACAGAUAUGUGAGUGAAGAAAUGUAUGGAGUCAAUUUUUUUAUUCUUUUGUAUUUCUAUGCCUUUUCCUACUUCAUUACUGUACUGAGUUAACAUGAGAGUUUGUAUACCACCCCCUUUUUUUUUUUUUUGUUCAUCACUCAAAGAAA